AUGGGGGAGAAUAUGACUAAUGCAGAGAUUAGGUUGGCUUUUCUAAUGUUGGCUCAAGUCAUGACGGCUCAAGUGAGCCGGGAGGUUGUAGCUCUGGUGGAUCCGAUAAUGAGUAGGGCUACUUUGAAAGUGAGAGAUUUUGUGAGGAUGAACCCUCUGGAGUUUUAUGGCUCCAAGGUGGGAGAGGGUCCCCAAGAGUUUAUAGAUGAGGUCUCUAAGAUGUUGGACUUGGUGGGAGUGACUCCGGUAAAGAAGGUGGAGUUGGCUUCUUAUCAACUCAAAUGGGUUGCUCAAGUUCAGUUUAAUCAAUGGAAAAAGGGUAGACCGGUAGGAAUAGGUCCCAUAGAGUGGGAAGUGUUCAAGAGUGCUUUUCUAGAUAAGCUCUUCCCUUUAGAGAUGAGAGAAUCUUUGGUGCUUGAGUUUAUUAAUCUUAGGCAAGGUGAUAUGAGUGUUAAGGAAUAUGCAUUGAGUUUCACCCGAUUUUCUAGGUAUGUUCCAAUUCUAGUGUCUGAUCCUAGGUUGGGAAUGAAGAAACUUGAAGAAAGGUUGAGGGAGAGAAAGAGGCUAAGGAUUGAGAAUGAAAAUUAUUCUCUUGAAAGUUCCUUCGGACAAGGUCCUUCUAGGUUUCCCCCAAAAUUUAGUGAAGAGAGGGUGUCUAACCAUAAGCCUCGGAGAAGGAGAGAUAGUAAAUCUUUGUUGCCAAAACCUACUUAUGCUAGGUGUGUUAAGAGACAUGAGGGUAUAUGUUUGGCCCGUACGGAGGGUUAUUAUGGUUGCGGUGAGAAUGGCCACAAGAUGAGGGAUUGCCCGGUGCUUAAGGCACAAGGGAGAAAGGCCAAACAAGUUUCUCCUAGUGGUUCAAGUGCUAGUGCUCUAAAGCAAACUAGGUCAUUUUCUCUCCAAGCUAGAGGUGAACAAGAGUGUCCUCCAAAUGUUUCUCCCGGUAUGUGUUUCAUGCUUAUUUAG